GAAGAAAAGAGGAAUUCUUUGAUUGAAUUCGAGGCUCCACAAUUUUGUAGAUUGGGCUCGAGACUUGGUAUUUGUCUCGCCCACAUGUCACUCCUGUUGACAAAUUGAAAGUAGCACGAGGAACUUGGAUUGAGCAUGCUUCCUUCUGCUUGCUCAUUUACUAGAAGAAUUCAUACUUCUCUGGGAACUACUUUGUCAAGAGCCAUGGCUUCUUUCUAUGGAUUUUCUGCCUUGGAUCUUAAAGGUCAAAAGGUUGAAAUGUCAAAAUACAAAGGAAGAAUUGUUCUUAUUGAGAAUACUGCCUCAUUAUGAGGCACAACUGUACGGGAUUUUAUCCAGAUGAACGAGCUUGCUGAGAAGUAUGAGUCUCAAGGCUUGUCAAUUCUUGGUUUUCCCUGCAAUCAGUUUGGCCAUCAAGAGAACUGCACCAAUGAAGAGAUCCUCCCUUUGUUGGCAAAUGUUAGACCUGGAAAUGGAUAUGCUCCAAAGUUUGACAUGUUUUCUAAAGUUGAAGUUAAUGGCAAUGAUGCCCAUUCCCUCUUCAAAUUCUUGAAAAAGCAGCUUCCACUUCCUUCUGACGACAGUGAAACAUUGUUGAAAGAUUGCCGAUUUGCAAUUUGGAGCCCAAUUUUGAGGACUGACAUUGCAUGGAAUUUUGAGAAAUUUCUCAUUGGUCCAGAUGGAAAGCCCAUCAAAAGGUAUAGCAGAUUUUAUGAGACCAAAGACAUUGCAGUAGAUAUUGAAAGGUUGCUAAAAACUGUCAUGAAAUAAAUAUAGUAUUGAUAGCAGAGCAUUCAUUUUGCUAAAGUCUCAACAGUUUUUUUUGAAGGCAGGGGAAAAGCAUUAUUUGGAUUGAGAUAGAUUAAUUGGUUUAACAUUAAAAGACUAAAUUGCACAUUGUUGAAAAUUUUAUGUUUAAAGUUCCAGGAAUUAUCCUUUUUAUUACAGUCAUUAUGAGACAAUUAAUUGGUCUUUGGAGAAGUAGUUGAUUAAAAAUCUAUAAGCCAAAAAUGUACUUUACCUCAAUUGGUAUCAUACUUUGCUUUAUUCAUGAACAAUAAAUGGAUAUCCAUAGAUCUAUUUAGGUUAUUUUUAAGUGCAAAAUAGGAAUUGAUCAUUUUGUUUUAAAAUGCAUGCUUUUUUAUAUGUUGGCCUCUUACUAAAGAAUUUUUACUAAGCUUUAGUGAAAUGUUCCAUUCAAUUAAUGUGAUCAAACUAAGCUAUUCCACUUAGUCCAUUAUUGCUACUCUCCAGCCCUUAACUUGACUGUGAGGCAUUUUUCACAUUUGCUGUGCUGCCAUUUGCUUUCUAAAUUUAUUAUAUUUAGUAGCCAUAUUUUUUGCCCUGAGGCAUGAUGACGAAAAACUUGAAACAGAUUUUCUGCGAAGUUUUUCUGACCUUAUUGCCUCUCACUUCCUUUUGUGAAUUCGAAAGUUUUUCUUAUCUUUAUAUAAAAAAUUUAAAAGAUCUUAAGAUGCAUUAUGAAGAUUUCCAUUGAAAGUGUAAACAUUGGUCAGUCUGAACAUGAAAGCAUUACAUGACCUA